AUGGAUGAAAACAUAGAAAACAGCGGCGAGGAGAGCGAUAAUGACUCAAUUCUCGACUUGGAUCUUAAUCCAGACGGUGUAAUUCGUCCAUUCAUGUUUAAGCCGCAACAUAGCUCAUCUUCAGGAGAAGAAGAAAUCUCUGUUGACAAAGAAACUCAGGAAGAGAUACAAGAAGAAACAUCUACGCGCUCACGUCUUGGAAUUCGCGAGUGGUGCUCUUGCGGCAACUGUCAAGAGAUGCCAACAGAAAACGAGUGUAUAUGCUGUCAAGAAAUGGAUGUACUAGGUGAUCGACUCGACCUGGAAGGUAAUUAAUUCUUCUCAAAUAAAAUCUUUGUUUCUAAAGUGAUAAUUUUUUUUUUUACAAAAGAACGGCGCAGUGCCCGCAAUGGAUUUAUUUCACCCCGCUAACUGAGUGAUAUGAACUAUCACUGAAAUUGCAGGUAACAAGCUUCAGUGUAUUACGGAGCACGAUUCAUUUGGACCCGUGUGCUUACUAGCGGACGUCUUGAGAACAGCCCUAGUUGGCAUGCACCAAGUGAGAAAUGACAGACUUGAAAAUUAUCCGUCAAAUGAGUAA